CUUUUUUUCUUACAGGAAUAUGUUGCUCACUUGUGGAAAUAUGAUCGGAAAUAACUGGAGGGACACAAAUUGGUCAGUUAUUCCUCAUUUUUCAUAACACUUACAAGGAGAUAUGGGCAUGCUAAAAGCGCUUGUCAGGACCAUGGGACGACUCAGUACAUACAGGUUCUAUCAGUUCGUGCUUCUCCUGGCUGCUGCACUUGCAGUUGUAGCUUUUUACUACUUUGGCUCAGAGAAGCAGAAUUUUUCCAGCACCACUAAGCGGAUCAAGCAGACUCAUUCCAGCCACAACACCAACAGGAACGAUGCGGACCUGACCAUAGACACCAGGCUGCCGCACCCAGCUGGAUCUGAGGAGAGGGGAGGAGAACAACGAGGUGUAGACAAGAGUGAGACUUUCAUGUCUAGGGCUAGAGACAAUCAAGUUACUGACCAAAAGUACCAUGCACUCAUGAUGUUUACCAAGGUGGACAAGAGCCACAGCCUUCAGGACAAAUUCAGGGUGGCCAUGCUGUCUAUGGUUAAGCACGGCCGCUUCCUGGAAGGAGAAGUGUUGGUCCUUCAUUUUGUGAGUGAUCAAGCCAGCCAGGAACUGGGAGAGAGGAUGCUGCAGGAAUUUCUCCUUGAUGCAACGUUUCAUUACGAGGUUGUGUUCCAUGAUGUGGCGGCGCUCACACAGAAGCUGUUUCCUAUUGUUGAGGCCAUGCAGAAGCACUUCAGCGCUGGAUCUGGGGCUUACUACAGUGAUGCCAUCUUCUUCUUAUCUGUUGCCAUGCAUCACAUCAUGCCUGACAGUCUGACACGUAUAGUGCAACUUGACUUGGACAUGAAAUAUAGGACAAACAUCAGGGAUCUUUUCCAGGAAUUUGACCACUUUCCUCCAGGUGUGGUAAUCGGCAUCACCAGAGAGAUGCAGCCAGUUUACAGACACGCAUUCUGGCAGUAUCGUAAGGAGAAUCCCAACACCAGAGUAGGAGAACCGCCUCCUGAUGGCCUACCAGGCUUCAACAGUGGUGUGAUGUUACUGGACCUGGGGGCAAUGAGGGCCUCGACUCUCUACAACCAGCUGCUGGAACCUAGCAGCGUAGCCAAGCUAGCCGACUACUAUCACUUCAGGGGCCACCUGGGUGACCAGGACUUCUUUACCAUGAUUGGCAUGGAGCAUCCUGAACUGUUUUACACCUUGGCCUGUGGCUGGAAUCGCCAGCUGUGCACCUGGUGGAGAGACCAUGGAUAUGGAGAUAUUUUUCAACUGUAUUACCGAUGUGAUGGACCAAUAUAUAUCUACCACGGUAACUGUAACACAUCUAUACCAGAUGAUUGAGUUGUGACCUGAAUGAUGUCAGUAUUAUAAAGCUGAGUUGAUUAAUAGAA